AUGUCGCAAACAACCCCCGACGCCGACAGCAAGAACCUGUCGAGAGAAGUGUCUCUCGAUAAGGUAAAAGUCGACGGAGUUGCGAAGCACGUCGAGCAAUCUGACGGCGUACAAGUCCCCAGCUAUGAUGAUUCCAUCGAGGAUACUGAGCCGUCCAGAGCUGUAUGGCUUAUCACCUUCACUGUGGCGAUGGGUGGUUUUCUGUUCGGAUACGAUACCGGUGUGAUUUCGGCCGUCCUGGUCAGUCUCAAGUCGGACCUCGGACACGAACUAUCGACCUCGGAGCAAGAGCUUGUGACAUCCAUCACCUCCGGCGGCGCCCUGAUUGGGGCCAUCAUCGCCGGUCUUCCUGCCGACAGAUACGGACGCAAGCUCGGUAUCUACAUCGGAUGCGUUCUCUUUCUUAUCGGCUCAAUCAUCCAAGCCGCGGCUUUCUCGCUGGCCCAGAUGACAGUCGGUCGCUUCAUUGUUGGAUUGGGUGUUGGAUCUGCCGCCAUGAUCAUCCCUCUUUAUAUCGGCGAGCUGGCCCCUGCCAGACACCGCGGCCGCAUGAUUGCCUUCGAUAAUAUGAGUGUGACUCUUGGUCAACUUAUCUCUUAUGCUCUUGGAGCCGGCUUCACUGAGGUUGCCCACGGAUGGCGCUACAUGGUUGCCGUUGGUGGUCUGCCGCCUAUCGCCCUUGCUUUGCUGCUACCGUGGUGCCCCGAGUCACCGCGACAGCUUAUUUCCCACGGCAAGGUUGAAGAGGCUACCCGAGUCAUCAGACGCGUCUAUCCCCAUGCCACGGAGGAACAGGUUCAGGCGAAGAUGGGACACAUGACCUGGGCUGUUGAGGUUGAGGCACAGGCUACGUCUACUUCCCUGUGGCACCGCUUCAAGGAGCUUCACACUGUUCCCUCCAACCUGCGCGCUCUGAUUUGCGCUUGCGCUAUCAUGGCCAUCUCUCAACUCGGCGGCUUCAAUACUUUGAUGUACUACAGCGGCGUUCUCUUCGGACUCGUUGGCUUCGAUAAGCCAGUCGCCGUCUCCAUCGUCGUCGGCGCAACCAACUUUAUCUUUUCCUUGGUCAACUUGUUGGUUAUCGAUCGACUUGGCAGACGCCGUAUUCUCAUUUUCACUGUCAUGGGAAUGUCCAUUAGCAUGGCCGUCGCUGCAAUCGCAUUCCACUGGAUCCCAGUCUCACCCGACCUCAAGUUGCAAGCCACCUCGGUAAACUGGGCGGGUAUCCUCGUCCUCGUCACCAUCAUCGUCUACGUGGCCUGCUUCGCCGGUGGAGUUGCAACCAUUGCCUGGGUCGGCACUGAGCUGUUGCCUCUUGAGGUCCGCGCCCUCGGCACCAUGAUGAACACCGUCACCUGCUGGGGCUGCAAUAUCAUCAUCGCUUCGACAUUCUUGUCUAUGAUGAAGGGUCUGACGCCUAGCGGUGCUUUCGGCUUCUAUGCAGGUAUCUGCUUCUUUGGCUGGGUCUUUGUCAUCUUCUGCUAUCCGGAGGCAAACGGCUUGCCGCUUGAGGAGGUUCGCCAGAUUUUCUCCACUGGAUUUGGCGUCAAGAAGGCGAAUGAGUUGCAGAAGAUGCGCAAGAUGACUGGGGGAUCGGCUUGA